AUGUCCUCGAGGGCAUUAUUGAAAAAGGAGUGGCGCCACAGGACAUUAUCAAUCGGUGCCAAUCCACUAUUGAAAAAAACAAAGCAUCUUCGGGAUGCCCCUGAAAAUCACGGGCAGACUAUCCGGCAGGUCGUGUAUGUCAAUUACACCGUACGGUCUACGUUGCGUACCAUCAAAAACGAUCAUCCUUUUCGCCGUGACAAGGUUUUGAUCCGAGAAGGUGGCGACCUCCUUUCGCAAAACGCUGAUCCAACCCAAAACGCAAACCAGUGCUAUGUUAGCCUUGGAAAGUCUUAUGACUUCUACUUCAAUUUCUUCCAGCGAAACUCUAUCAAUGAUGCGGGGUUUAACCUUGAUGGGUUUGUGCAUGCUGAAGACCUCUAUAACGCCUACUGGGACGGUGAAGAGCUUGUAUUUGGUGACGGAGACGAUAUUGUCUUCCGUGGCUUCACGGAUGAGCUCGAUGUAAUCGGUCACGAGUUUAGCCAUGGCGUGGUGGAGUAUACGAGUUCACUUCCAUACACGUACCAGAGUGGUGCUCUCCAUGAGUCUUUUGCAGACGCCUUUGGUCUCAUGAUUAAGCAAUGGGGUGAAGGCAGCCCCCAGACUGUUUACCAAGCCAACUGGCUGAUUGGGGAAGGGAUCUGGAAGAGACUCGACUUGAAAGAGGACAGUGGCGGUGUUCACAUCAACUCUGGCAUCCCAAAUCGCGUUUUCUUCCUAGCUGCUACCAAUAUUGGAGGAUAUGCUUGGGAAGGUGCCGGUCCUAUUUGGUACCGCGCUCUGAGCAGCGGUAAGCUUCCCACAGAUGGUAAAGCUACAUUCAAACAGUUCGCCGAUCUUACAAUUGAGAGUGCUGGCGAGCAUGUGGAUAAAGUCAGGGAAGCUUGGACCGCCGUUGGAUAUCCAUUCCCCGAGAAAAGGCAUGAGCUGUAA